AGACCGUCGUGAUUCUUAAAGGGGUUUGAUGGCGACUGAGAUUCGAUUCGCUUUAAGUAAUACAUCUGGAUUUAACCUGCAAAAUUCAUUCAGAAAUACCACGACGCCUGUCCUGUGCUGAAGGCGGACAUCGUACCUCUAUAAAGGCAGCCGAAGAUGCCUAUGAGAAAUUCCAACAUCAGCACCUCACACACAGAAAAAACACCAACCAUGGCUGUCUCCACAAUCAGGAAUUGGUGGAAUACCUACCAGCUGGACAAGUCAGACACCAGUGACUCAAAUACAGAGGAUGAGGAGGAAUUAUCAGGGAGGAAGCUGUUAUCCAUAAACCUAAAUCAGACUCUGCGGACCAGGCAGCUGCUCAUAGAUUUUGAUGCGGGCAGACCUGUUUUAAGUCUGAGAGCACCACUGGACCUGGUUAACUUCCCAUCUAUCUCUCACCCCCGUUGGCCCAUAGAGUGUGAGGUCAUCACUGACAUUAUCCAUCACAUAGAGUGGGACCCCCCAGAGCCAGAGCCUUUCUACAAGCCCACAGGAAAUGAGAAGACACCUAUACUAACUGGAGAGGACAGGGGGAAAGUGGUAUACUGCACUGAUCAUGCCAUGAAGCGUCCCUAUUUCACCUGCUCCCGUGUUGGAGGAAGCAGAGAGCCCUCUAAGAGCACCACUUAUGAUAUCAAUCAUACAGACUUCACUCUUGAGUUUGAGUCACGCUUUGAGAGCGGGAACCUGCAUAAGGCUGUGCAAGUGGGUGUCUAUGACUAUGAGCUCACCCUCCGCACAGACAUGUACACCAAAAAGCACACACAGUGGUUUUACUUCAGGGUCAGGAACAUGAAGGCUGGAGUGACCUACCGCUUCACCAUCAUCAACUUAAUGAAGAGCAGCAGUCUGUAUUCUCAGGGUAUGAGACCGCUCCUCUAUUCUGAGAGGGCUGCCAAGGAGAAACAUGUUGGAUGGCAACGCACCGGCUCCAAUAUCAGAUACUACCGCAACUGCAAUCAGAACACACAGGACAGCAACAGCAACGACACAGUCGCUCUGUUCUCCCUCACCUGGACUCUCCAGUUCCCUUAUGACUCAGACACCUGCUACCUGGCCCACUGCUACCCUUACACGUAUUCACACCUGCAGCGCUACCUUAGGCGGAUUUCUUCCAACCCAGCAGCUGCAUCAUAUUGUACGCUGAGGGUGCUGUGCCAUAGCCUUGCUGGGAAUGCCGUGUAUGUGGUGACAAUAACGUCUCGUCGGAUCAGCAGGGUGGAAGGCAGGAAAAAGAAGGCUGUGGUGGUAACGGCCAGAGUUCACCCUGGAGAGACCAAUGGGUCCUGGAUGAUGGAGGGGCUCCUAGACUUCCUACUUGGGGACUCAGAGGAUGCUCAGCUACUCAGAGACACUUUUGUUUUCAAGGUGGUGCCAAUGCUGAAUCCAGAUGGUGUCAUAGUGGGAAAUUACCGCUGCUCUCUGGCAGGCAGGGACCUCAACAGAAAUUACAAGACAUUGCUCAGGGAUUUCUUUCCCUGUGUGUGGCAUACCCGAAAUAUGGUGGAACGGCUUGUGGCUGAGAUGGAUGUAGUUCUUUACUGCGACUUUCAUGGCCACAACCGUAAAAACAACGUCUUCAUGUACGGUUGUAACAGUCAAAGCGAAGCUUCACUGAAGCUUCAUGAGAGAGUCUUUCCACUAAUGAUGAGCAAGAAUGCCAGCAAUAAGUUCUCCUUUAAGAGUUGCAAGUUCCGGGUGCAGAAGAGCAAAGAGGGAACGGGACGAAUUGCCAUGUGGAGACUUGGCAUCAAAAACAGCUACACUAUGGAGGCCACAUUUGGAGGCUCCACUCUGGGCAACAGGAGAGGAACACAUUUUACUACUCGAGACCUGAAGUCCAUUGGCUUUUACUUUUGUGACACCUUGCUGGACUACUGUGACCCUGAUCCAACAAAGACCACUUACUGUCUGACAGAGCUGGCAGCAUUGUUGAGAAAGCAGGUCAGAGAGAGACUGGGCAACGAUUUGGGCACUGACUCCAACAUCUCUGUGUCUGACCUGGAAACCAGCACCAGCGGUUCAAAUAGUUCAGAUUCUGAUGGGCUCCCAGUUCAUUUACUGAACCAGCCACAAACUGCCCAUCCAAAGCGAACUCCAGUGAAGAAGAAAAAAAAGCACCUGAGGAGUCGUAAAGAGAGGAACAGGCUGCGACUGGAGAGAGUGAAGAGUAGCACAAAACCAAAGGUUCUGCAAAGCAACAUAAAAAAUAUUGACUCCACUUUGCUGCAGGAGAGCACAGUUAAAGAGACCAUCCAAAAGAGGCAUGAUGGAAGACACAAGAAAAAGUGGCAGAUAAAUGGUCUCCUGGGAAAAGCUGUGAUCCCUCCUCCAACCACUCACCCUGGAGAGGUCAGUCAGGUGACUCUGUGGCAGGGCUGCAAGCCUGUCAAGGAUGAGUCUUUAGGAGACAUGACAGCUGCAUACCAACAUUACAGAGCAAAAGAGUGCCCACAUCUGAGCACAUACGCAGCUGUGACACCUCAUAAAGAUAACCCAGGUAUGGAUAAAGGACGGUGGAGGUGUUCCUCUCAGCUGCUGCACCUGAGUGCUUUCUUUCCACCUUCACCGAAUUUCAUUAAUUCCCACCAGCAUCAUCCUCCCUGCCCCCGACAUUCCUUCGUGUCCUGUAAUGUCUACAGAGGGCUGCUACCUUCAAUGACAGGUCCCCACAGGUCGCCCUUAUCCCUGUACACCAAGAUGAUUCCAGACAUUGUUCCGACACAACGUUUGCUGUCAAAUUUCACCGCUGACAAGUCCAACAGCCGCCACAUUUUUAGAAACCGAAACUCUUUAAAGGUCUCAGAAUGUUAUUUUGCGACUGAGGAUUCAGAAACAUACACAACCAAGUCCAAACAGCAGAAUAUGGAACAGGAAUCAGAUUCCACAGCAGAUUUGUCCCUGUUGAGAUGUAUACCAUUUGGAGAGCGGAACCAGAGAGAAAUCACCCUUGAAACUGAAUCACACAGCAAUUUAUUUGUGCCUAUGCUGAGGGGAAAACUACUAGGCAAAGAGACUUUGAGGGACAAAAAGCACAUGGGUGUUUUAUCUCCUCUGCCAAAGCCUUUAGGCCUCACGAAGAUGGAGGUUCUGUGUCCACAGAGUGACACCCUUGCUGGGCUUCAGAAUAAGGACAUCAGGUACUAUCAUUCUGGAAGAGAAAGCCAAAUAAGGUCAGCUCCACAAGACGCAGCAGUCGCAAGAUCAUCACAGUCUGCCCCACUGUAGGACACAAUAUUUACAAUAUUCACUACGAUUAUAAUUCUCUUUGUUCCCUGGCAAAUGAUAUGCAAUUCCUCUGAUGGAUGAAGAGAAAUAUGAUUUUUACUAUAACUUCAGUAGGUGUGUUACACCACAGAUAUGCUGGGAUAAAAUGCUGGACAAAAUCAUUGUUUGAUGUUUUAUGAUAUGUCCCCUUUAAAUUGUGAUGGUAUUGAUAAAAUGCUAUAAAAACAUAUUUUUGCAUAAUGUUAAUCACAAUGUGUUGAUAGAUUUAUCAAUGACAAAUCCCAAUGCUUGGCUUCUCAGAGUAAACCAACAUUAUGCGUUGGAUAAUCUGCCUAAUAAAUUAUACACAGACUGUUUGUUAUGUAGACUUUAUUCAUUGAAAUACUACAAAAAUAACAAUACAAUCCCGUGGAAUACCAUGUGAAUAACAUACAAAAAUAAAUAUGUCCAAAUGUUUUUCUCAUUAAUAAUCAACUGUAGGGAGGAAAUAUCCCAUGAAAUACAUGCUAUACAAAAAGUGACACAUCAUUUUUUUUGUUGUAGUCAGCCUUUGAGUCAGUGAGGUGUGAAGUGAGGAUAUGUCCUGCUGUGUCAACGUGUGGCAGGAACGUCAGAGCUUCAGAAUUCAGUUAAACUGUCGGAGAUGAAACUGGCUUUGUGUGUGUCUGACCAUCUCCCGCAGUGCCACAAAACCAGAAAGGGCCUGGACGAUCCAAGGAUGAAAAUAAUAAUAAAAUUAAAUAAAUGACAAUCAACAAAUGAAAAAAUGUACACUUGUAACAUGUAUUUAAGUACUGAAUAUGGGGUACUUAGACUAGAAAUGAUAAAAGUACAAAAGUCAGUUUUUAAAAGGAGUGUUACUGUACCUGUGUGAGUAUGAAUAUGGCGAGAAUUAUGUGAACGCCCCUCUCCAAAGGCUGUACGAGAAUGGCUUCGUUGAACAGCUGAAACAGGAUUAGUGGAAACUGCAGCAAGAUGGUCAGCAGCCAAAAUCCAGCCAACUCUGGGACCUUCCACAAACACAGACAUUACAGGAAUUACAAUCUCUGCCUUGAACCUUUUGUGUGAGUAGCAUUUAUCCAUUCUAAAUCAAUGUUUGUGUGAGUGAUGCACCACCUUUUCUUGCAGGUUCCCUGCAUAACCCAGAAAGAGUCUAAUGGCCUCGAUCAGAGUCAUCAGCAUGAGAACAGUGACAAGGAUGAACUUGUAGUAGUCUGGCAAGGCAGCAUACUGGUAGAAAUCACAUUUUGAAAAUUACAAGAAUGCAAUUAAAUAAACUAAAUUUACAUUUA